AUGUUCUUCCUCAACUGUUCUUCAGAUUCUUGCAAAUCCUUCAAACAAGUUGAAGAAUGUGACUUCUUGGGCAUUUGCUCAAACUGUCAUCUUAAAGGAGAUGAAGAACUGUUUGGGGUCCUUAGAUCCAACAAUGAUUCUCUAGUCAAUAUUGAUUUGAAAGCUAUCUGUUGCUGUAGAAGCUAUUGCGUGGUCUUCGAAACUUCAUCGAAAUCACAAAACAGUUCCUUUGGUUGA